AUGGACAGCCUAAGUCAAUUUCGGAUGUUCCUCCCACGAAGGACAGGCCCUUACGUAUGUCACCUCGCGUGGACAUGGGAUGUUGGGGCAGGCUACUUUUACUCAUAUUCGGAGCCUGGUCGGUCAUAUCGAAAAAGCCUAUACCACAAAAAGCCAGCUAGAAGAAGGACAGGUCAGCUCGGAGUCACGGUCAUCUUGGAUACGUCGUGUUCGCCUGUCCAAGGUAACAGUAACAGCAAGCAAGCAAACCUGAAAGUCCGCCUUGCCGCCACCCUCCACCGACCUGGCGCUCCCAAACCCCCGAGUCAACUGACGGCAAGUCCGCAAGGGACGCCGAGUGUCCCCAGCAGAAAGUUGAGGUGGAAAUCUCUCAGGGGUCCCAAAGUACCGCCUCACCCAAGCUUUGCCGCGCCGGUACGAAUACACGCCCUUCCACGGUCCGUCCACUUGGUGCCUCUCCACACGACCAAUACACCGUGGGCACCCACGGCACCCUGCCAAAGCUGCUGCUCACAUUGGACCCCGAAUUUUCUGAGCCAAAUCCACGAACCACCACCAUCUGACCCUUGUUGGCGCCAGGAGCCAGACCUCGUCUUCUCACUUCCAGUCUGCUUCUUCUUGUUAUUCACUUCGAACCUAAGCAACAAAACAAGCAGUGUAUCUCUUUGGCUUUCGAGAAUCGAGCUUGUCUACUUGGCAGACAACAGAUACUUGAUCAACACUCAUACCCUGCCGUUGCAGGCCAUCACAAUAGCGAAAACCUAUCACUCUGCUACUACAUCGGACAGCCCAGAGUCCAGACCUGAUCAUCCCAGCGGCCCAGCCCCGUCUUUUGCGACUGCGAAAAUCUGCCCCGCCGACUCGCGCCAGAACCCCUCCAUACCUAUCCUCGCACUCGCUUUGCUCCCCACCUCGCCCACUCCCGUAUUGCUGGCCGAUGGGGGUGCGACUUUCAACCUGGCCAUGAUUCUUGACCGCUGA